AUGCGACUCCACGGAAAACGGAUCCGCGACCCGAUUGAGGAGAUGGGCCUCGCUAAGGAGCUUCAAAUCCGCCAUAAAACCUACGGAUUGAUCGGCACGCGAAAGUACGGCCUGAAGGCGCGACGCUACUUCUGCGCGAGUUGCCCCUUCAACUCGGUGUAUUGCUAUCAGCUGUGGCAUCAUGCUAGGCGCCAUGUGCUGCAACGCCACCCCGACGCCAAGCAGUGCCCCGCCUGCAGCUACUCCACCAUUUUCCCGCAACGCCUUGCCGACCAUACUCGGCUACAUCCACAGCUGGCCAACGGCACCGCCGAGCCGUCCACCUUUGGAGCGACCGCCACGAAGCCGGGCGAGCACAAGUGCGACAUGUGCCCCUUCCAAACGGACACCUACUCCCGUCUCUGGGGCCACAAGCAAAAGCACGAGAAUAACGGGAAAUUUGUAUGCACGCAAUGCUCUUUUCAGCACUGGCCGUGUCAAAGAUUUGUCACCCAUCAGCGUCUCCAUGAAAAUAAUCGCGCUGGAUCGUCUGAUGGCUCAGAAAACCGGGAUUCCCAAAACGAAAUGGAAACCCUGGAAGAAUACAAGCCGAAAGUCGGAAAGCGCUCGAGUCCUCCGGGCGAAAAUACCAGAUCUGGCUUCGAUCCGCUGCCCACAAUUGAGAGAGAAGGAUCUCCAAGUGACCUGGGAGAUUCACCGCCACCUCGUGCUGGCUCUGGGUCUGAAGGAAAGGACGAGAAACCGGAAUGUUCAUCCCCUCCCGACCUUGGCAUGCCGUUCAACGAGCUGCCCGAUCCGGAAAUUGUUUUCAAGCGCAUGCGGGCUCUCCUGCCGCCUCACCUUCAAAUGGCCUUGGCUGGUUGCAAAUCUGAAUCGGCCAGCUCGGCCACCAGCACCGAGGCCAUGAUGAAAUGUGUGGACCCGAAUUGCCCGUAUGUCGAGGAGGACCCCCUCUUCUACCGUAUCCACCUCGAGAUGCACGGCGGAAAGCGGAACUUCCAGUGCUCGAUUUGCACCUACAACACUCACUCGCCUGACGCUCUCUGCAAUCAUUUGGAUUUGCAUACGGAGGGAUAUGAUGCGUUGAAAAAAAUCUCAACGGCCUCAUCUCGUCGUAUGGCCCGAGAAGUGGAGCAGAUCGUCGAGGGCGGCGAGGUCUACUCGUGCGUCCAUUGUAACUACCGUACGAUGUGCCUCGAAAAAUACAAACUACACAGAGUGGAGCAUGCGCAGACGCAACAAAACCGACUGAAAUCGCUGAUCAAGCGCAGCACACAAAAUGAGGAGGAAUGGGUGAAGCCGCGGCUUCCCACGAAGAAGCGGGCUAACAAGGAGUACUUCUGCCGUCACUGCGGCUUCGAAUCCUCCUCCCUGCUCACCUAUGAGCGUCACGUCCAGAUGCACGGCGCCCCCGGCUAUUUCAAAUGCCGCCAUUGUGACUAUGCAUCAUCUACGGCGAUCGUCGUCGAUUUCCACGAGAUUCACCAUCAUAUGGACCAGCCGCUCACGCAGCUCAUGAAAAAGAAGGUGCUGCAAGGCGGGGAGAGCAGCCAGAUGUCCCCGGAAGAGCUGACAGCCACGCGUGUCCGAAUGACCGGCCAAGAAGUGCGGUGUGAUCGUUGUGAUUGGACUGGAUUUGAGCGCGCCGCCCUGCUCGCCCAUUUCUCGGAGAACCACGUGCAAACUGAGGAGGACCGUGAACGAGCAACAGACAUGUAUCUCGGCCUCCACCCGAAGAAUACGAUUAGAACGAUUGCUUCUGCC